UUUUUUUGAUACCCAGCUGCCACAAGAGGGCGCUGUACGACGAGUGAAUUACCGGAAGUUAUGCAUGUUGAGGCGCGCGAUGCUCGAAACUUUCCAAAUCAGUUCAGGUUCACUAGUUUUGAAAUUGGCAAGUAACAAAAAAUGAGAAUGGGAAUUGGUAUGAGAAUUCUGUGGCAGAAAUGGUCUUCAUUGAACAAAUACUACAAUGCGAUGCUACAUAAUGCAUACAGGAACUACAUGUACAUAUCCACAAGGAACAUAUCUGCUGGCAGUGACUUGUUGGAGUACCAUCCUGAUGUGGCAUCAGCUCUCUCUCGAGAUGACCCUGUGGUUGCAUUGGAGAGUACUAUCAUCACUCAUGGGAUGCCAUACCCUGACAAUCUCAGGACAGCAGAGGAAGUGGAGUGCAUUGUAAGACAGAAUGAUGUAACCCCAGCUACUAUUGCUCUGAUGAAUGGCAAAUUUCUCAUUGGAUUGAGACAGUCUGAAUUACAACAUCUAUCAGAGUGUUCUGGAUCAAUUAAAGCAUCUCGUAGAGAUCUUGCAUGGGGUUUGAGUCAGGGACUUCAAUGUGGUACUACAGUAUCAGCAACAAUGAUUGGUGCCCAUCGUGCUGGUAUACCUAUCUUUGUGACUGGAGGAAUAGGUGGUGUCCAUCGAGGAGGAGAAACAAGUAUGGAUGUGAGUGCUGAUUUGACUGAAUUGGGUCGAACUCCUGUUACAGUCAUUUCAGCUGGUAUCAAGUCAAUAUUGGAUAUUCCAAGGACACUGGAAUAUUUGGAAACGGAAGGUGUUACUGUAGCAGCAUAUGGUCCUAGUAAUGACUUCCCAGCAUUCUUCACACCAAGCAGUGGCUGUCAAGCACCCAUUCAUGUCAAAUGUGCAAAAGAUGCUGCUGAACUAAUAGAUUACAGUUUAUCUUUGGAGUUAGGUUCUGGCAUACUGAUAGGUGUUCCCAUACCAGGGAGUCUAGCAGCUGAAGGCCAGGCUAUUGAAGAAGCAAUUCAGACAGCAUUACAAGAAGCAAGUACUAAAGGUAUACAGGGCAAGGAAGUGACGCCAUUUAUUCUCGACAGAGUCAACCAGAUAACGAAAGGAGAGUCACUAAGAGCUAACAUUGCACUCAUUAAAAAUAAUGCAGAGAUUGGCAGCAAGAUAGCAGUGGAACUUUCCUACAUACGAAAGAAAAAGGCCAGUAAGAGACCUGACAGGAGUCGGGUUGAUAAACAUCAAGACAGUACAAUGCAGGGCAGGCCAGUAGUCAUUGGGGGAAGUAAUGUUGACUUGGUCUCAUCAGUUCGAAACUCAAGUAUAAUUUUUGGCGAUGAGACAAAUGCUGGCAGUAUACAUGUCACACUUGGUGGUGUUGGACGGAAUGUUGCCGACUGCAUGUGUCGUCUUGGUACUUCUCCUCUGUUUUUGUCAGCCAUUGGUCGUGAUAGUCAGGGGGAUAUGUUGCUGAAUCUUUCUCCACAUAUGGAUACAUCAGGUAUAUCAGCUCUAGACAGACACACUACAGCAACCUACUCCUGUGUACUAAAUAGUGAAGGACAGUUGGUGAUUGGUGUUGGGGAUAUGGACAUAACUUCACAAAUAACACCACAAUAUGUGACUCAAUUUGAGAGCCAGCUACAGUCAGCCCCACUGGUGUGUAUUGAUGGCAACAUACCAACAGAAACCAUUGAAUACAUUUGCAAAUAUUGCUCUCAACACAACAUUCCAGUGUGGUAUGAACCAACUUGUAUUGUGAAGUCAUACAAGCCAUUCCAGUCGGAUUGUUGGAAAACUCUGUCCUACAUUUCCCCCAACUUCAAGGAGUUGUGCAUGAUUUCUAACUGUUUAGAUAGUAAGCAGGCUGCAGAAUAUCCAGGUUGUUUGACACUCCAUGAGAAAAUGAAGAAAAGCAUAGAAUUGAGCCAACAGUUAUUACAUCACAUUUACUGUGUUGUAGUCACACUUGGAGCAGACGGUGUCCUUGUGUGUAGAAAUGCUGAGGCCAAUCAACCAUUCCUUGUUGGUUCAACCACAGUAAAGGAAACCACAUCUAAGAGGUCUGCUGUUCAUUACCCAGCAUGCACCACUGAGAACAUGGCCAGUGUGUCUGGAGCUGGAGAUUGUUUGGCUGGAGGGAUGAUUGCAGGCAUUGUCCAUGGAGUCCCUGCUAAUGAAUGCAUACUAUCAGGUAUGCUAGCUGCAAGGGCUUCCAUUCAGUCCUAUCUUACAGUGCCACCAACGAUAUCAACGUUAAAUCAGGCAGAUUUCUCAUUAUGGCAGUCACGUCAACUCCAGACUUAGCUCCACUGACUAAGAUGAAUUACAUGUAUUCAUUUGUUACUUCACUGAAGAUUAUUUUAGGGGCAAAAUCUCGGGGAGAUGUUUGAAUAAUUGGAUAAUCUCCAUGAACCUUCCUCGCUGAAGUGUUUCAGAGUUGUUCUGUCAAGUGUCUUUUUCUCCUUAUUGUUACAAUCAAUAAUUCUACAAGCAAUAUUCUAAAAGUAUAAUAAAAGAAAAUAUCUCAAAAUAAGGAUAGGUUUCACACGAUGUAAAAUAAUUUUUACCGUUUUUCAGCAACCACACAUGAUACAUACCACUGCCUUAAAAUGUGCAUCAAUACAUGUGACAAAUUUCCUCACUUUUUUUGCAUUCCUUAAAUUUAAACUCUUUUAUGUCAUUUUGUUCCAAAACUCAGGCACUUUGACGGCUGAAAACAAACAGCUGUGUUGUUUUGUUUUGUUUUGUUUUGUUGUUUUUCUGGUACCUAUGGACACACAAUCCACUUGUCAUUGGAACGAUAUCUGCUUUAAAUUACAAGUCUCAAAAUCAGUCCUUUUUUUGUAAAUUUUCGUUUUAAUCUCCUGCUUUUUGUGGUAAUAUUUUAGUUAUUUUAAAAUAAUGUCUUAUUUCAUUUUUAAAUUGUGUUAAAUGCAGUUUAAUAUCAAUAUUACCUUAUAUAUAAAUGAAGAACCUGUAAAUCAUUAUACAUGUAGUGUGUACAGUGACUUGGUUACAUGUACAAGUAUGCUCUUCAAGUCACAACACACACAUGUAUUGCUUGCAUUUGAUUAUGGUGUAAAUUGAGGACACACACGUGUAACAUCAUCGAUGAAUCAAGGACAGGAACCAAAUCGAGGACUCCUCGGUUAGAAAACGUGUACAAAACCAGUGAGAGCUGUUGCGAAAAAGUUACAGUAUGAACAAAGAAAAGGGGAAGAGGAACAAGUAAAUCCUCGAUUUAUACCAUAAACAAACGUGGGUGCACUUGUGUGUGUGACCUAGCUAGU